UGUUCCGUUAGCGCACGCACACAUCAACGGUGUGUUUUUGGAUGGAAGUGAAGAAUCUCCUGGAUAGGCACAUGAACAGCUUCCUUAGAUUGAAAGAGGGUGUCCUCUUCCCCACCCCUCGAUGAAGCGCUGCGAUGCCCUCUGAUUUUAUAUCCCUUCUCAGCUCAGAUAUCGACCUUAAUUCUCCCAAAUCCCUUUACUCCAAAGAGUCUGUGUAUGACCUCCUGCCUAAAGAGCUCCAGCUGCAGCCAGACACGCCCACCAUGAGUCAGACGAGCGGAGGAGAGGCGGGGCCUCCGCCCUCAGCUGCUGUAGUUGCAGAUGCCUCCUCCUCCCUGGCCUCAGGAGGCCCUGGCUCCGGCCCCUCCUCCAGCUCCUCUCCCUCAGGCCCAGAGCUCCCCCAGCACCUGGCAGAGGCCAGCAAAGCCCCAGAGAGGCAGGGUGUGGAGGGGGCCCUGUCUGCUCUAGCAGGGGGCUGUGGGUCCAGCCCUGUGGGAGGAGGAGAGUCUGGACCGGGGGCAGCCGUCCAGCCCCAGACCACGCCAGCUAAGCGGCGUCCGGUGCUGAGCAUCUCCCCCCCGCCGGAGGAUCUGCUGGACAACAGCCAGAUGUCGUGUCAGGAGGCUGCGGCCCCAGCCCUCCCCGGAGCGGCCCUGCCCGGAGCGGCGCUCCCCGGAGCAGACUCGGAGCACAGUAGCAGCAUCUGGGCCGACGACUCCGCCUCCAACUUCAGCCUGCUAAGCUCCUCCUCCUACAAUGACAACACAGAGGUGCCACGCAAGUCCCGCAAGCGCACACCGCGCCAGCGCCCCGGGCCACGCCCCCCCGCCGUGGAGGACAGUAUGGACGUGUUUGACGCCGACAGCGCCAAGGCGCCGCACUUCGUGCUCUCACAGCUGGGGUCAGACAAGGUCGGCUCGAAGGCCAGCUCGGUGGAGGCGGGUAGCCUGCUGAAGGGCGGCCUCCUGUCGGCUCAGCACCCCCAGAGGCAUGAUGGGAAGGAGCUGAAGAUCCUGGUGCAGCCCGAGACACAGCACCGUGCCCGCUACCUGACAGAGGGCAGCCGCGGCUCUGUCAAAGACCGCACUCAGCAAGGCUUCCCCACCGUCAAGCUGGAGGGCGUGAGUGAGCCUGUGGUGCUGCAGGUGUUUGUGGCCAACGACACGGGCCGAGUGCGCCCUCACGGCUUCUACCAGGCAUGUCGGGUGACGGGGCGCAAUACCACGGUCUGCCAGGAGGUGGACGUGGAGGGCACCACUGUCAUCGAGGUGCCUCUGCAGCCCAGCAGUGACAUGACGCUUGCGGUGGACUGUGUGGGCAUCCUGAAGCUGCGCAACGCAGAUGUGGAGGCCCGCAUUGGCGUUGCCGGAUCCAAGAAGAAGAGCACUCGAGCCAGGCUGGCCUUCAGGGUCAACUUUCCCCAGCCCAACGACACAGUGUUCACGCUACAGACCACCUCCUCACCUAUCCUAUGCACCCAGCCUGCAGGGGUGCCAGAGAUCCUAAAGAAGAGCCUGCAUAGCUGCCCUGCAUCGGGAGGAGAAGAAGUGUUCAUCAUAGGGAAGAACUUCCUCAAAGGAACCAAAGUGGUUUUCCAAGAGACUCCUGCAGAUGACAACUCAUGGCAAGCUGAGGCAGAGAUUGAUAUGGAGUUAUUUCACCAGAAUCACGUGAUUGUAAAAGUGCCUCCCUACCGUGACCGGUCCAUCACCUCACCCGUCUCUGCGCUGAUCUACAUAGUGACCAAUGCUGGGAGAUCACAUGACGCUCAGCCCUUCACCUACACACCUGAGCCAGUGACGGGUUCCCUGGAGCUGCCUCUGAAGACGGAGGGAACCUCCCUGCUCCAAACGUGCCUGUUUGAAGAAAAGAUCAAACAUUCAGUGGCUGAGUGCCCCUCCCCCACACAGCCCUCCAAACCGCAGGAUGUCACACCUAUGGAGGUCUCCAGUAACCCCACACCCACCGUUGGUUUCAAGAUAUCCCAGCCCUCCCCAGAUCCUCUGGCCUCAGUCCAGCAAACUCUAAAACUGAGCUCCAGUUCCCUCCCAGACACAGAGGCCUUUCCCGGCCCCAGGCCUCUGCAGCCAGGGGAUGCAGGCCGAGGGCUCCAGCAGGCCCCUGUCUUCCCCACCCUGGAACCUCUAAGCACCCUCCAGAAGCAGGACAUCCCCUCCACACCGUCCUUUCCUGUGUCAGGAGACACCAGCAUCCCCCCUGUACCCCCAGAGGUACCCCAGCAGUUCCUCCGAGAGCCCCAGGAAAGCUUCUCCCAGCAGGCGUCCAGCUCUGGUCCCAGUGCAGGAGUGAUGGUGGUGGACAUGCCUCCCCAGCCGCAGCAGGGAUCCAUGUUCCCCCAGCUGGAGGGGAGCAGCAGCAACCGGCUGGUCCAACAGGUCCUGAGCUCCGUGCUGUUUAGCCCCGCGGCCUCAUCUGAGGCCUUGCAGCAACAUGUGCAGGAGAACAUGAACAGCCUGCGUUUAGGGACCAACGACAACCAGCUAGCCACGCAACAGCUAGCCACGCAGCAACAGCAACAGCAGCAGCAGCAGCAGCAGAUACAUCAACAGCAACAGUUACAACAGCAAUUACAACAACAACAGUUGCAACAGCAUCAACAACAGCAUCAACAACAGCAACAAUUACAACAACAUCAACAACAGCAACAGUUACAACAGCAACAACAACAAUUACAACAGCAUCAACAGCAACUACAACAGCAACAGAUCAUGGACAACCUCCAACAGCAGCAACAGAUUCAGGAACAUCAGCAGCAACAACACCUGCAACAACACCUGCAGCAACAACAACAGAUCAUGGACAACAUUCAACAGCAGCAACAAAUUGAGCAACAACAGCAGCAGCACUUACAACAACAACAACAGCAGCAAGUUCUUGACAACAUGCACCUUCAGCAGCAGCUCCUCAUGCAGCCUCAGGAGCAGCGACAUCUGAGGAUGAUGGAGAACCUUCAGCAGAACCAGGCGCUGGGGAACCUUCAGCAGAACCAGGCGCUGGGGAACCUUCAGCAGAACCAGGCGCUGGGGAACCUUCAGCAGCACCUGCAGUCUGAGCUGCUCCACCCUGGAGCUCCUGCCCAGCCAUCUGGGGAGCUGCUCACCAUCCAGACGAGCUUCCCUCAACAGCCCCCCUCCCACACCUCACCCCCCCAACAGCUGUUCCAGUCCCCGCGACACCACUCAGAGACCCAAAGUCCUCCGCAGCAGAUGCAGAACACCCUCCUCCAGAACACGCUCACCGUCCUGACUGGCUCUGGGCUGGACACGGAGCAGCAGUCCGCAGGCCCCACGCUGUUUCUCUCACCAGGUACUCUGUCUGCUAGCCUCACAACCCCGCAGGACAGCCAGCAGCCACAGCUCUCCUUCCUCUCCUCCAUGGAGACAUCCGGUCGCACCGCCCAGCCCGUGUUCCAGACCCAGGCCCAGCUGACCCUGGAGCAGCUCGGAACGCCCAUGGACCAGCAGCAGUCCUCCCCCCAGCUACAGUCCUUGGCUUCACAGAACCCCAUGUUCCAGAGUCUCCCCAGGACCUCCCAGAGGAGCACCCUGUCUCAGCCCCAGCAGGCUGGCCUGCUCCUCUGCAGCACAGCCCUUAACCCCCAGGCUCUCCUGUUCAGUGCCCAGAGUCAGGCCUGUGCCGCCCCCUGCCCCCAAGACCCCUCCCCUCUGCUCUUCUCCCAGACCAUGGUGGGGGCUCCCCAGCCAGACCCGGCCGAGCCCAUGUCCUUCCAGGAGCAGAGCUCCACAGGGGGCCACCCUGCCUCCAGAUCGGGUCUUCCUCGGGUCCUGUUCCAAGAGCAGCAGCCCAUGCAAGUAGGGCCGAGUUCCAGCAGUGCCCCUGUCAGCCAGCAGGUGGAGCUGUUCCUGCCCCAGGCCUCUCUGUCUGGCCUGGCGGGCACCCUGGGAGGACAGGACGUGGGGGCCACAGACCCGGCUGCGACAGCCACCACCAUCUUUGUGGUGCAGGGCAGCAUGGUGGAGCUCCAGGCGCCCUCCAGCACCCUGGACCAGCAGCCCCCGGAGCAGCUGUUCCAGACAGACGGAGACAUGACCACACAGGGACAACCCAACGUGUUUGUGUUUGGCAUACAGAACGAUUCCUCCCAGCUGCUGAGCUCUCCUGGCCCGGCUGGCCAGCCCCAGCCCCCCCUGGACCCCCCCCUGGGCCAGACUGCCACCCCCAUGCAGACCAACCCCAUGCACACACCCAUGCUCACCAGCAUGGAGAGCAGCCUGCAGACCAACCUACAGACCAACCUACAGACCAACCUACAGACCAACCUACAGACCAACCUACAGACCAACCUACAGACAGCAAUGCAUACAAACUCACAGACCCCAAUGCAGACCAAUAUACAAGCAACUCUUGAAAGUAGUCGGUCCACUCCGAUGCAGACUAACCUGCAGAACCCGAUGCAGACGUCCAUGACGACCUGCCAGACCAUGGAGAAAAUACAAGACCUUCUAGAGAGCUUCCAGGACCAGUGAUUACCAUGAAGACCACAAAGUUGCUAAAGCAGGACAGGGACUAGCUUCCUAAGAUGAGAUAUAAUACACAAAGACAGAACAUACGAAGAAUCAAGUCCCUUGAACCACGAGAUGUCAACAGUUCAUAUUUAGACAAUGUUUGAAGGGAAACACAUUCAUAUUUUGGUGAGUUGAGCUAUUAGCUCCUCUUUCAGGAGCUUCUCUUUGAUCUUAUCAGUGAUAACUGCUCUGCAUCCAUUAUCAUCUCAUUCUGAGUGGAUUUGUCUCCAAACAGACUGUUUCUUGGGCCCAGGGGGAAGGAAUAUUUAGAAAAGGGAGUGGAAGGGAAGGAGUGAUGAAAUCCGAAGGAUGGAAUGGGGUGGGAGAAUGGGGAAAGUGAGGGAGAAACCACAUACUUGGACAACAUUUAGCACUUAUGAGGCGAGAGGAGAGAGUGGAGGAAAGAUGAGGAGGUGGAGGGACAGACGGGUAAUGUUCACUGCCAGAGGUAGAACCCUCUCUUGUUCAAACACACAGCCAGAGUCAGACAAGGAAGUAGGGAGGGUGGUGCCGUCCCAUUGGUGGUGUGUGUGUGACCUGUAACUUUUGCUUGCACCAAACCGUAAACGUUUUCAGGAGAGAUUUCCAUGGUUACGACCAUAAAGCGCUCUUUCUGUCUUGAAUUGAAGAUGGGCAUGAUGUGUUCCAGUAGACGAAGACGUGGCCAUGGUCCCACGGGAGACGGUGAUCCGGGGAGGGUUUACAACAUCGUAUCUUAAGCACUUUAUAAACUUGUCUUGUGUAACCAUCUUAUCCUGAUGUCAGUGUCCCUCUUCACCCAGCACAUUUGGACUCGUUGACGUCCCUUUUAACAACAUUGUCGUAAAGGUAUAUAUUUCCAACAUGUACAUUUUUUAUGUCACUAUAUUUUUAAAUCAUCUUCCAGACAUUUUGUAAUGAUUGUUUGUGUUCACUGUUAAACACGUGCUUCACCGGCUCACAAAACAUUUAGAAAUAAUGAAUAGAUAGUGUGUGUUUGUGUUACAUGUUAUCUAUGGUGCUAUGUACAGGAGUGAUAUUUAUACUAACAGUUUCUAUCAAUUAGUAGUAGGCAUCAUCUUCAGGCGAGUACUGAGCUGUGUUGUUUUGGUAGGAGUAUUGAUGGAUGGCUUGAGGUACAGACAGUCAGUCAGGGCACCAGCGAUGGUAGAGUUGAGCUUAACAGUGACAGACCUACAGUCAGUCAGUCACACCAAAGUUUCUAUCUCACAUAGCUUUUGUUGUUUACUCAUAAUUCAGCUAUGUCAUGGAUAAUUGACAUUAUGUUUUUUGUAAUAAGUACAAAACUUUUAAGAACCAUGAAGGUCUGAUACAGAUGUGUUUUGUCAUGUAUUUUCAUCCAGUUGAUAUUCUUUCGAUGUGAAAUGUUUUCCUGGGGUGAUGCAUAGUGCUCCUGGGUGCACAUGCAGCUGUGACAUCAUCACACUCCAACGUCAUUCCAGAUGUUAUGACUAUGUCGUUUACAUUGUUUACAUCAUCAUAUUUACAUUUCCUGCAGGCGCAGGAACAAUCUGAUUUUGAAUUUUAUACCCAUAAGUCAAAUAUUUUUAUAUGACUGAAAUAUGUGGCACAGUUAUUACUAUUCAUACCGGGGACAUGGGGACCAAGUGUGAUAGUGACUCGGAUCAUACUAAUAUCUGUGGAAGCUGUGACCCAUCCCGAUAGUAACAUAGUGAUGUUCAGCCUGUGCUGUGUAGCUCUGGGGUCAAGGGUCACACGGUCAGCCCCUGCUUGCGUCCGGCCUUCAUUUAGUAAAGGAGCAGAAAACUACAAAUAAUCCCCCCCAAAAUAUGAUUAACUAGUUCUAACUUUAAAGUGAACUAAAGUGUUUGGAGGCUGACAGCCAUGUCAAGCCUGAGGACAUUCUCCAGCCCAGAGCUCUGUGGUACCCACCAGUGAUGUCCUCAUCCCAUCUCCUGAGGAAGCUCAGCAGGCUAGCAUCGUGGAGCCAGAGGCUGUGGAAGCCAUACCAACCCAGACAUGUUGCCGCUGACGUCCAGUCUGGUGAACGUUACCUCAUGGUGUGUCUGGACCAAGUCAGAAAAGCAGACGAAACAUUUUACUUUUAUACACCUGUAAAAUACUUGGUCUUGUUAUGAUAGUGAUGUCUAAUUUCAUGUUUCAACCGUACAAAAAUUACAGUUGAGAUCAAUGUCAGCUCAAAUGGCAACUUCUAUAUUUAACUACCAUCCGAAAAUGUUUUUGAUUGCAAAAUGGCACACGUAUGUUCUGUCUUUGUUAUGUAAAUAUACAAAUGUGUAUUUAAAUGUGAAGUAUACUGCAGGGGUGUCUUGGGAGUUGUUGGUUUUGCUUUCAGCAGAACUUUGUGUGCCUUGAUGACUAAACCAUUGCUGUGUAAGUUAAUGUCUGUCAUUGCUGUCUUUAGUGUUGUAGAGCUUCACAACCUUAGCUUGCCUAACCCUUGACCUUCCAACUCCAUACAUAUCUAACCCGUCAUGUCUAGCCCAACCUGCCUAGUUGUUGUCUACCUAGCCUAAAUCUUAACCUGCCUAUUCUAUGACCCCGUUUGAACCCAGCGACCACCUGUGUGUUGGAACAGGUAAGGACUCCCUCCCUCAAUGGGUUGGAAACCUGUCACCAAAUAACCGCCAUCAACCAUGUCAGCUGUCUCGGUGUCUGCCUCUUGAGAUUUAAGGGAAAAGGGAAAUAAGAGGAUGUGUGCUCUCUCACUCGUCUGCAUCAGAGGCAGCAGUGAUGUGUGGAGACCAAGCUUUAUUAUCCAACCUGGAGAACCUCGAUCUGGGGAGGAACAUCCUUCUGCUUCAUUACACAUAUGAACAUGUACAAUACAUAGCAGAUAGUAUGUAGACACUGCUCAGUACACAGACAUGUGCUUAUUGAACUCCUCGUUCCUAAACCACAGGCAUUAAUAUGGAGUUGGUUUCUAUAACUACCUUCACUUUUCUGGGAAGGCUUUCCAAUAGAUAGUUGGAAUAUUGAUGUGGGAAGUGCUUCCAUUCAGCUACCAGGGCAUGAAGGAGGUUGGGCACUGCUGCUGGCUGAUUAAACCUGGCUUGCAGAUGAUGUUAGAUGGAACAUGAUGUAACUACAUAUUAAUGCCCAUGGUUUUGGAGUGGGAUGUCCAACCAGUUCAUAUAGGUGUUAGUCAUAUGUCCACAUACGUUUGGCUAUAUGGUGUAUUUUGCCUUUGUCUGGACAUUUGUAUAUUAUAUUUCUGUAAUCCUGCUGCUACAUUAAACAAUUAAUAAAGAUAUCAACGUAU